AUUUAUAGGGUGCUUUGAAUGGCUGAUUCAGAAAAGCACAUAGUGGACGACAAAUCGAAAACAAUUACUGGAAUAACGGAACUACAAUCAAAUGGAAAUGCUGUAGUACGGGAGGUAGCGAGUGUUGAUGAUAUGAAUGUGGAUCGAGUUUCGGAUGAAACAAACAUUACUCAUAUGGAAAAAUGCCUAUCUAAAAAACAAAUACGAAAACUUAGAAAAGAGCAGGAAAAGUUAUUCCGUAGAAAAGAUAAGCGAGUUAGAGAACGAUUGAGGAAAAAAAUGAAACGUACUGCACAACGUGAAGCCGGUUUCAUAAAAUCUAAACGGAGACAUAUAUGCCGAAUGGAAGAUUCAAACUGUAAACAACGGGUUGCUAUCGAUAUGCAAUUUGAAUCUUUGAUGAGACCGAAAGAUAUUCGUCACCUUUUCGUUCAGUUGGCGCAUGCAUAUGCUGUAAAUCGCCGAGCUGAAAAUCCUUUACAAUUCAGCGUUGUUGGCUUUUCUGGUUCUCAGAACAAGCUAUUUUUUAACAAUCCAAACAAUCAUCAUUGGGAUGUAGCUUUCGAAGAACAACCUUUGGAUGCCGUAUUUGAAAAAAGUGAGAUUGUCUACCUAACAGCGGAUUCGGAAAAUUCUUUGCAGACACUCGAUGGUUCAAAAGUAUAUGUUAUUGGUGGUUUGCUAGAUCACAAUUCUCUCAAAGGACAUUGUUUAAAGUUAGCAAUGGAAAAAGGGUAUGCGCAUGCUCGGUUACCUAUUGCUGAAUAUAUUAUGUUACAAACAAGGAAGGUGUUAACGGUUAAUCAAGUUUUUGAAAUCCUAUUACGCUAUACGGAAAACCAAUCGUGGAAAAAAUCAUUUCUUGAUGUGAUUCCGAGGAGGAAAGGCAUCGUUGAUAGUAGCAAAUGUUCCGAUAAUAUGGAAAGUAAGAAUAGUAUCGAGCAGCGAAAAAAUGAUAUAACUGGAAAUGUUGAUAAUAUUCAGCCGGAACUGGAUUAAACAAUUAGUGAUUAUACAUAGAUGUAAUAUCAGUAAAAAGCUAGCAAAAGAUGAUAAUCAAUUUGAAAUGGUAGAAGUGGUAGUCCACCUCC